GCACUCUGCAGUCUCUGCAGCGGUCUCGUUGCGUUUUUCCUACGUUCGGUACAGGAGGAAGGGUGUUAUGUGACGUUUUACGUGUCAAUCCAUGAACGCGUGCGUUUGCGAUCCGCGCUAAAUGGCUAGCUCGCUAAACACGGUCGACUGGGAAGAUCUGAGGAAGCAGGCGAGGCAUCUGGAGAACGAGAUCGACGCGAAGCUAGUGGCGUUCAGCAAGCUCGGCAUAAACACAGGUGCGAGAUAUGUCAGCACGGAGGAGGUACCUCUCCUGGACGAGGAACAGGUGUUCGAGAACAUGGCGUCGGAGAUCGAGACGCUGCUCUCCAAGUUGUUCUCCAUAAACGAGAGGAUGAGCGAGUUGCAGCCCAACGGAGCAGCUAUGUUGCACACGAUGCAGCGCCACAAGGAAAUACUAAAGGACUACAAGCUGGAGUUCAACAAGAUUAGAAAUAACUUCACGGCUAGGAAAGACCGCGAGGACCUUCUAGGCAGCGUACGCAAGGAAAUAGACAAUUAUAAAAGUGCGAGUGGAUUGAAUCGGCGCGAGAUGUACCUCAAGGAAAACCAACAUAUUCACAAUUCCGACCGACUGAUCAAUGACCAAAUAAGCAUAGCGAUGGAGACGCGGGAUCACCUGAUGACUCAGAGACAAGCGUUCAAACGUAUACGAACCCGAUUCAACGAUAUCUCCAAUCGAUUUCCAGCGGUGAACAGUCUGCUACAGAGGAUAAAUCUGCGUAAGAGAAGAGAUUCUGUUAUACUCGGUCUCGUCAUCGGUGUCUGUACGUUUUUAAUGCUUCUGUACGCCUUUCAUUAAAGAAUACCAAGAUACUUCCAUCUCCAGGUAGCGAUUAACUUCACCGUGAAUUUUUGCAAUACGUUUCAGUAAAAACAUAUACAUACGUUUAAGAGGUACUACGGAGAUCUAAUAAACACGUAGGAAAUGUAGAAUAAUAGGGUAUGUGAGAUAUUGUACAUGUGCGUCGCGUGAAUGAUCGAGCAAGUGUACCUUCCACUUGCAUUCGAGGUGCACGAAGAGAAGUUCGUCUGUAUAGUUUUUUUUAUACCGAGAUACAAGACGUGGAGAUAAACAAUGUAAGCGGAACUUUCAUCCACGUUCAAAACGUUAACUUAUAAUAAAUGUUAAAAAAUAUGAUAGUGUCUCAUCUUUGUUUGUAAUUGCGCCUAUUAUGUGGAUUUGCUUGGUUUCCCGAAUUAUUUUAAAAGCAGAAUACGAGGAAGAUUAUAUAUAGAUAUAUCGCGGUUUAUUUAUAUGUUUUCUUGUAACGAUUAGUUUUUUUUUCUUUAUAAGUAGGUUUUGGUGGACAAUCAUCAGAGACUUUGCGGUAAAAUCAUUUAUAUUUCAUAUUUGUAUAAACCAAUUGUUUUGCAUUCUGCGUCACAUAACACAUUUGGUGAUAACAAUAAAAAUAAAAGGAUGUAUGCUGA